AUGUAUUCCUAUGAAAAUAGACUGGCCACUGUCAGAAAUUGGCCAUUUACUGAGAACUGUUGGUGUACACCUGAAAAUAUGGCCAAGGCUUGAUUCCUACACUGCCCAACUGAAAAUGAACCUGAUGUCACCACUUGCUUUUUCUGUCUGAAGGAGUUGGAAAGCUGGGAACCUGAAGAUGAACCCUGGAAGAUGGGAUUAGAAAGAUGUUUGGGUGGCUUUGAACAUCAGAGUCAUUCUCCAACUUGUGCAUUCCUCUUUAUGAAAAUUGAUGUAUUAGAUCUGACUAUAGAAGAGUUCUUCAGAUUGGAAAUGGAGCAGCUGAAGUUUUGCUUCCUGAAUGCUGCUGUGUCUGCUUCCACCAUAACCUCUGGCAAAGCGUUCCAGGCACUCAUCACUCUUUGUGUGGAAAAAAGUGCUUAA